AACCUCGCGGGGCGGGCGGGCGCCGCACCCCCUGCCUGGCCGCCUGCGCCCCGGGGAGGCCGCCGGUGCGCGACGGGACCAGCAGCAUGAGCAGCGGCUACAGCAGCCUGGAGGAGGACGCCGAGGACUUCUUCUUCACCGCCAGGACCUCCUUCUUCAGGAGAGCGCCCCAGGGCAAGCCCCGCGCCGGCCAGCAAGAUGUGGAGAAAGAGAAGGAAAUUCACAAUUACCUCAGCAAAGAGGAAAUCAAAGAGAAAGUUCAUAAAUAUAAUUUAGCUGUCACAGACAAGUUGAAGAUGACCUUGAACUCAAAUGGGAUUUACACUGGUUUCAUUAAAGUGCAGAUGGAACUCUGCAGACCUCCACAGACUCCUCCCAGCGCCGGGACAGUCACCUCCAGCAGCAUUGGCUGUGUGAACACACUUCACAUCAGCAGUACCAACACUGUCGGUGAAGUCAUCGAGGCUCUGCUCAAAAAGUUUCUUGUGACUGAGARCCCGGCCAAGUUUGCACUUUAUAAGCGUUGUCAUAGGGAAGACCAAGUCUAUGCCUGCAAGCUCUCAGACCGGGAACAUCCACUCUACCUGCGUUUGGUAGCAGGGCCCAGAACCGACACACUUAGUUUUGUUCUUCGGGAACAUGAAAUUGGAGAGUGGGAAGCUUUCAGCCUUCCAGAACUGCAGAAUUUCUUGCGCAUCUUGGACAAGGAGGAAGAUGAGCAGCUGCAGAACCUGAAGAGGCGCUACGCGGCCUACAGACUCAAGCUGGAAGAAGCCCUUGGCGAGGUGUGGAAGCCUGGCUAACGCCGGGAGCAUCUGCCAGGAAGGCCCCACUUGGGACCCAUGUUCAAAGAGCAGCAAGUGCCUCUCUUCAGAGAGCUGUUUUCUUGCCCCAUGAUGCUAGGGUCUUCCCCUUUUAUCUCUGACUUAGUUCCCAAAGCCUGGUCACGCAGCAUGCCGCACCUCAUGCAUCCUGCGUAAGGGACUCUGCGAGCUUGUUCUGUUACGGCAUGGCGGUGUUACCUCUUGCAAGCUGCGAACCUGUAGGCAUCAGGAGCAUUUUAGAGUGCUUGAAAGCAUGAACUCUGGGUUUUGUUUUUUUUUUUUUUUUCCUUACUCUCUCCUAGUUGUUUUAAUUAUGUGAUGAUGUUAAGCUUUAGGAUGUGCAAAUGAGUUUUUAAAAGCUUAACAAAGAGUCUCUGAAUACUUGUCCUAUGUUGAAACUACCUGUCUGUAUUUUUGUUUUCUAACAGUAAAGGAAUCUAUCCAUGUGAAACUGAAGGCACAGGAAUCUAGGAACUCUGGGGAAUUUGGGAAGGAUUUUGUAGGAGUUUGACAAAGAAAGUAAAAG